AGAAGAGGAGCGCGCGCGCGCCUCGCUGAGAUUGGAGAGCUCCUUUCCGCGCGCUUUGAUUACAUGCAUCAGAUGGAUUUCUUUAUAUGAUUUCUUUAAAAUGCACAGCCAGGAACUGAUCAUUAAAACGUAACUGCAUUGGAAAAUUCCCGAUGAAGGGGUGUGAUAUCACAGAUAUGUUUAAUGAAAGAGUGCAGUGACACCUGCAUUCCGAAGCGCGCGAUCCAGAUUCGGUCUUAAUGCAGUGUUUACCUGUUAUCAACUAUAAUGGCGGAGCUGGAAGUUUUAAAAAAUAUCAGUUUUGAGAAGGUUGAGCGAUGCAUGAGUGUGAUGCAGUCGGGGACUCAGAUGGUGAAGCUGAAGAACGGCUCCAAAGGUCUGGUCCGGCUCUUCUAUCUGGACGAACACCGUUCCUGCAUCCGCUGGAGACCGUCUCGCAAGAGCGAGAAAGCCAAGAUCACCAUCGACUCACUCUACAAGGUCACCGAAGGUCGACAGUCUGACAUCUUCCAUCGCCAUGCAGAAGGGAGCUUUGAUCCGAGCUGUUGUUUCACUAUUUACCACGGAAAUCACAUGGAGUCUCUGGACUUGGUGACCUCAAACUCAGAGGAAGCGAGGACAUGGGUGACCGGACUCAGAUACCUGAUGGCCGGCAUCAGUGAUGAAGAUUCACUAGCCAAGAGACAACGCACACAUGAUCAGUGGAUGAAGCAGACGUUUGAGGAGGCGGAUAAGAACGGAGACGGUCUUCUGAACAUUGAGGAGAUCUAUCAGCUUUUACACAAGAUGAACGUCAACUUGCCUCGCAGGAAAGUCAAACAAAUGUUCCAGGAGGCCGACUCGGAUGACCAGCAGGGCUCACUGACGUUCGAGGAGUUCUCGGUCUUCUAUAAGAUGAUGUCCUUGAGGCGAGAUCUCUUCUUGCUGCUCAUGUGCUUCAGUGAGAAGAAAGAUCAUCUGACCGUAGAGGAACUCGGCAACUUUCUGCGUGUGGAGCAAAAGAUGUCUAAUGUGACUCCUGAGCACUGUCUGGACAUAAUCAAUAAGUUUGAAGUCUCCGAGGAGAACAAGCAGAAUGAAGUUCUUGGAAUCGAAGGGUUCACCAACUACAUGCGGAGCCCAGCCUGUGAUGUGUUCAACCCGCAGCACAACGAGAUCAACCAAGACAUGGACCAGCCUCUGUGUAACUAUUUCAUAGCCUCGUCCCACAACACCUAUCUGACUGGAGACCAGUUACUGUCCCACUCCAAGACGGACAUGUACGCGUGGGUCCUGCAGGCCGGCUGCCGCUGUGUGGAGGUUGACUGUUGGGACGGUCCGGACGGGGAGCCGAUGGUUCAACACGGUUACACUCUGACCUCCAAGAUCACCUUUAAAUCUGUCAUUGAGACCAUCAACAAAUACGCCUUUGUGAACAACGAGUUCCCCGUCAUCCUGUCCAUAGAGAAUCACUGCAGCAUUCAGCAGCAGAAGAAGAUCGCUCAGCACCUAAAGGAGAUCUUCGGAGACAAGCUGGACGUGGGGGAGGCCCUGAACAAAGACCCCAAGCAGAUCCCCAGCCCAAACAGCCUGAAAGGAAAGAUACUCUUAAAGGGGAAGCGUCUUCCUCUGUACCUGUCUGCAGACGCUGAGGAGGGUGAGGUGUCUGACGACGACAGCGCAGAUGAGAUUGAAGAUGACUUCAAGCUGAAGAAUAGCAUGUCUAACGGGCCCAGUCAGCACCAGGUGGAGUCGCACAUCAGGAAGAAGCUCGACUCUCUAAUGAAAGAGUCUCAGAUCGGGGACAAAGAAGACACAGACAGUUUCUCCAUCCGAGCGCUGCUCCGCGCCACACACGAGGGCCUCCAGAGAAACCUGCGCAAGAACUCCAAAGAUGGCAUGAAGAAAUCCCAGAGCCGCUCCUUCAUCAGUAACCUCAAGCACAAGAGGCACUCCAAAUCCAGGCUGAAAUGUCAGAGUGUUGAAGCGGAUGAUGACGGGCAGCAGGAGACAUCAGGUGGACAGUUCAACAGAGGUGGAAGGAGACGGAAAACGAUAAAGCUGAGUAGAGAUCUGUCAGAUCUGGUGGUCUUCACCAACUCUGUGGCCUCUCAGGAGUGUUUAGAUGAGGGAUCGCCCUUUAAUGUUCUGUCGUUCAGUGAGACACGAGCUCAGCACCUGGUGCACCAUCGAUCUGAGCGCUUCCUGACUUUUAACCAACGGCAGCUCUCUCGGAUAUAUCCCUCCGCCUACCGGAUCGACUCCAGCAACUUUAACCCACAAACCUACUGGAAUGUGGGUUGCCAACUAGUGGCUUUAAACUACCAGACGGAGGGUCGCAUGAUGCAGCUGAACAGAGCCAAGUUCAUGGAGAACGGAGGCAGCGGGUAUGUGCUCAAACCCGGCCUGAUGUGCAAAGGAGCCUUUAACCCGCUGAAUGAGGAUCCGCUCCCUGCAAAUCCUAAGAAACAGCUGGUGAUAAAGAUCAUUAGUGGACAGCAGCUGCCCAAACCCCCGGACUCAAUGCUGGGAGACCGUGGAGAGAUCAUUGAUCCUUUCGUUGAGGUGGAGAUUAUUGGUCUUCCGGUUGAUUGCUGUAAAGAACAGACCAGGGUUGUGGAUGAUAACGGAUUUAACCCUGUGUGGGAAGAGACUCUGUCCUUCACUCUUCACAUGCCUGAUGUGGCUCUUGUGCGCUUCCUGGUCUGGGAUCACGACCCCAUUGGACGAGAUUUUGUGGGUCAGAGGACCGUGGCUUUCAGCAGUCUCAUGCCAGGAUACAGACACGUUUAUUUGGAGGGAAUGACAGAGGCAUCCAUUUUUGUUCACAUCACAGUGCAUGACAUCUAUGGCAAGUGGAGUCCUUUAGUCCUCAACCCAAGCUAUACCAUAAUGCACUUGCUAGGAGCUAAUAAGGGCCGUCAGCUGCGGGGUUUCCGAGGCUUAUUUAAUAGGAGCUCCAAGUCCUCAGUGGACACAAAUAUCGGCGUUCCACCUCGGAAACGAUCCAUAACCGACCAUCUCCUCCGGAGGACGGCCAGCGCGCCUGCCAAGGGCCGCAAAAAGACCAAGAUGCCAUUGGCCGAAGCCACAUAUGACAGAAAGCAUAGUGUUGGGGACUCUCAGUCCACUUAUGUUGAGAGGAGAGCGGGGAACAGAAGAGCUCUUCAACACCGCCCAGCAUCAAUGCCACUGGAUAAGCUCCUGAACACUCACCUCAGCCUGUCCACUCCAGAUAGGGAAGGGUCUGAUCCUGGAGUCGACACAAUCAUUGAUUCCUUCCUCCAUGAGAAACCCAGAUCCAUCUCAGUGGAUCUUCUCUUCGAAACGUCAGCCUUCAAAGAGCCUGAUGAACAUUCGUUUUCUGCUGACCCCGUUCCAGACUGUAACACUGAGCCCAAAGAUGCUAAAGAAACUCCUUACCUGGUCGUUGUGGGCAGUAGGGAAAGUCUGAGUGAUUCCCAUCAAGGACAUUCAAGAUGUGGUCUCACCCAGACUGAAGCAGAUCAAUUAUGUUCUUCCAAAGGGCCAACAGACCACUGGUCAAGUCCUUCAGAUCGACGUAAUAACGGUGGCUUACAGAGUGAAGGAGAAUUUUCUCCACCGAAAGCUGCCACGUAUUCCACUUCCUCUUCUUCAGGUACCUUCACCAAUUCGCACCCUCCUAGAAUGGAUCUGCAAGACUCGAAGAGUCAAGCGUCCCUUCAGGACAGCGCUCUCUCUCGCCUUAUUGACGCCGUCUCGCUAGAUAACGAGUACGACACCUGUGGCUCAAUCUCUGCUCUGAUUGGCCAAUUUGAGCUCACUUCUGAGCAACCUCUGAAAUACUCCCUUCUCAACAAGAAGCUUUCCAGCACGCCUCUAAAAGAAGUCACAACCGCGAGACCUUCCAGUCCUGAAACAACCGAACCUGAAGUCUUCACCAUCUUGGAUGAGGAGGUGCUUUCUCCUGUGUCUAAAAACAUCUUAUUCGACUCUCCUGCGGUCCGCAAGGGACCCAUCAAGAUGCCUCCAGAAUGGUCCGUACGUGGAAAUCUAAAGCAAAGCUAUAGCCAAUCCACUGGUUCCUUCGGGAACUGCGAAGGUUACAGAGAAACCUCGUUUAACAGCACAGCUUCAGACCGCUUCUUGCUGUGCCAGGACUCAGUAAGCAGCAGUCUGAUGGAGGUGGAGAUCAAUGUGGACGAGGAUCCCUUAGACAACACAUUGACCCCUUCGAGUCGAGAUUUCGAACCCUCUCCUGUUCACUCAUACUCCACAAACCAAAAUCUGUUCUCUAGCACCCACCUGACCGGAAAAUCCCAGCCAAGGAAGUUUACCUGUUAUGAUGACAUCGGAAGUCACAGAACAGAUCCCACAGAGGCGAAGACACAGGAGAAACGAAACAGCUUGUUCAGCAGGGACGAGCAUUUCCACAAAAGCUCUUCGCCCUCAGAAUGUCUUGUGAAGACUCAAGGCUGCCGUACGUUGUUAUACACACCUGUCAUGAUUUCAGAGCCAACUCCACACAGCCAAGUCUUUCCCGUACCUCCUCAGAUCCUCAACGGACUCUCCCCAGUUGCUUCUUCCAAGUCCAAGAGCCUGGGAGACCUGACCUCCGAGGACAUCUCGUGCAACUUUCAGAGCAAGUACAAGUCGAUCAGCCGAAGUUUUGUCACUCCCGCGAUGCGAGACCAAAGACGGAUGUGUGGUUUGUCCGGUCGUCCCAAGUCCACCGAUCCCUUGACUGAGCAGCUUCGCAAGCUUGUGACGUUAGAACAUGAAGAUUAUACGCGUCCCCUCCCUUCUUGUUCUCAACCGGCCCCGAAACCUCUGUCAGUGCUCCCUCUGGUUCCUCAAAGCUCUGUCGAUGAUCAUGAAGACCCUCCUCCAUUUCUGUCAAGGCGACUGUCAUCGCGCAGUCAAAGUCGUGUACGUCAUAUAGCCAGUCGUGCACGUGAAAGACAACAGGAGGCCUCCAAACACCAGAGUGCCAUGGAAGUAGUUCUCCGCAAUAAGUCCUGUCAAAAUCCUCCUCCAAACAGGCACUCUACAGGCUCUUAUAUCGCCGGUUACCUGGAUCGACUGAGUCCCGAUGCCCGAGGCUUGCCUGAGGGAUCGUGCACCUCGCUACGCUACGGAUACGGAUACGGAGAUCGCUACUACAACGACGACUCUGUACCUGACUUCUCCAACCCUUCAGAACCCGAGGUCUUCUUCCUGCUUAGGCUUUGACCUACUGUGCAUGUAUUUCAUGUAGCAGGACACUUCCAGAACUGUGUACAUAUACCAUAUAACACCGUCUCCUAUCUAAUUAUUUUAUAUACAUGUGAUCCCUGUCAUGCUUGAAAAAAUAUGUUGUUAAAAAUGUGUGUUGUCUCAAGGUGAAAAAAUAUCUGUGAUGGAAAUUUCUUGAGUAGCAUGAAGCUGCAGACUCGGAGACGUGCAUCUACAGUCCCGCAUUCUCAGACCCCUCGUUUUUCCGAGACAGCGCCUCCUAUCGAAUUGUAUCGGAUGAAGAAGUGAAGAACUUAAGCCGAAACGUGAGUAGGCUAUCUUCAAUUUUAGUAGCCUACUCGUUUGAUUUAUUUUUCUCUCAUCGAUACAACAUAUGAAUAGUCCAUUUAAUAUUUGUAAAGAUAGUUUGUAACAAGAUUUGAGCCGUUAGUGUAUGUUUUUUCGCCCUCUUCCCCCCGAAAAUAUUUUGAUAGCUAACGUUAGCCUUUAACCUUGGACUUUUAUGUCCAUUUUAUGAUUUUGCAAAGUGACUUAUAAAUUAUUUUAU